UCAGAAAAAAGAAAAAGAGAAGGAGACAAUUUAUUAGUAACUCCAGUAGAAACCAUAAUAGUAACAGAAGCAUAACAACCAAAAGAUAAAUGACAUGCAAUAACAGUAACCAGUAACUAAGGCCCGGGGCUAAGAUAAACAACAAGGAUAGUGUGGAUUCAACAUAAACUGCAAGCUAUCUAAGAUCAACCCUAAUCCAACCCCGCCUCACCUCCGGUAUGAAGUACGCAAAGCUCUACUACCCUCUAACCUACAACCCUAUAUUUUGACACCCCUUGAUGAAUAUUCCAGCUCCGCCACUGCCUGUAUCUGCCGAUACUAAUAUUGCUUUUAUUGGAUUCUUGAUUUUCAGAAGCUGGUUAUUCUCAAGGUGAGAGCCAUUCUUGAAGAAAGUAUACAAAGAUUUUGUCAUUUGGGGUUUCCAGAAUGUAUAACCCUAGCUGACUUGGGAUGUUCUUCAGGGCCAAAUGCAAUAUUACCAAUAGCUGAAAUGGUAGAAAUUGUGGACAAAUUAAGCGAAGAAUUGAAUAAUCAAAAGCCACUUAAUAUUCAAGUCUUUUUGAAUGAUCUCGUUGGCAAUGAUUUUAACACUGUUUUCAAGCUUCUGCCUAGUUUUUAUAAACAGAUCCAAAGAAAGAAGGGAGAGGGUUCAUGUUUCAUUGGAGCUAUGCCUGGUUCAUUUUAUGGCAGGCUUUUUCCUCAACAUUCUGUUCAUUUGGUGCAUUCUUCUUAUAGUCUUCAUUGGCUAUCUCAGGUUCCGAAAGGGUUAGUCACUGAAUCUGGUUUGCCAUUGAACAAAGGCAACAUUUACAUAGCAAAAACCAGUCCCUCAAAUGUUCAUGAAGCUUACUUCAUUCAAUUUCAAAAGGAUUUUACUAAUUUUCUUAGUAUGCGCUCUGAAGAGAUUGUACAUUGUGGGAGUUUAGUUCUUGAUGGUUGUGAUUUCUGGGAAUUGCUUGGGAUCACUUUGAAUGACAUGGCCAUUGAGGGGUUGGUUGAAGAAGCCAAGUUAGACAAGUUCAAUCUUCCACUAUAUGCACCUUCUACAAAAGAAUUAAAACAAAUUAUUGAGAAGGAAGGCUCUUUCAAACUAUUGCAACUUGAGACAUUUAAACUCAAGUGGGAUUCAAACAUGGAUGAUAAUAGUGAGAAAGAAGCAACAAUAUUUGAUGAGAAGAGUAAGGCCAAAUAUAUAGCUGGAAAUAUGAGAGCAGUUCAAGAACCUAUAUUAGUAGAACAUUUUGGAGAAGAAAUUAUGGAUGAUUUGUUUGAAAGAUAUGGCAAGAAAGCAAUAGAGUACAUGAAGAAUGGGAAAGGCAUUAUUAAUAAUGUGGUUGUGUCUCUUAGUAAAUGGAAUAAGAAAGGGGAAUCUUGGAACAAUGGUAAAGUUGUUCCCGUAUAA